AGCGUGCAUUGCGCGGUACCAGCGAACAAGACGGGUGACAUGAAUGGAAGAAGCGGUUAACGGCCACAGACACGGAAUAACGUUGUUAUAAAUACAGUUAUUUGUCGUAUUAACUGCAACAAGAAUAACAACAUGGCCCCCGGCUGAAAUUUAACUCACAAUUUAAGCGGAACGGGGGAAAAAAACUAACGUUACUGUGAGUAGGAAGUGACGAACGUGAGCAGCCGUAAAACAUACUAGUUCUGUCGUAAAUUAGUCCACUGUCGUAAAUAGUCCAGUCGAAAUUCGUCCCACUGCCGAAGCCAAUAACUGUAUUACAAUGUAAUGUAACGUUAUACGGUAGUUUGCUUUUAUAAUACUUUUAAUGUGCAUUCCUUUUCACGUGGAAAUAAAUAAGGUUAAGUCAUGUCGUUCCCUCAGCCCAGACCUCAGGCCCCUCAGCUCCCGAAGCAUCUGCUCAGGACCAUAGACUGUCAGCAAGGAGCAGUCAGGGCGGUUCGCUUCAACGCCGACGGGAACUACCUUCUGUCCUGCGGCAGCGACAAGUCCCUGAAGCUGUGGAGCGUGAGCCGCGGCACGCUGCUGAAGACCUACAGCGGCCACGGCUACGAGGUCCUGGACGCCGACGGUUCCUACGACAACAGCCAGCUUUGCUCCUGCAGCUCUGAUAAGUCGUUGAUCCUGUGGGACGUCGCCACGGCCCAGGUCACGCGCAAGCUCAGAGGUCACGCCGGGAAAGUCAACUGUGUCCAGUUCAACGAGGAGGCCACCGUCAUCUUGUCUGGGUCCCUCGAUGGGACCGUCCGGUGCUGGGACACGAGGUCCAGGCGGUUCGAGCCCAUCCAGGUCCUCGAUGAGGCUCGGGACAGCGUCAGCAGCCUGAAGGUGGUGCAGCACGAGCUGCUCACCGGGUCGGUGGACGGCCGCGUGCGGCGCUAUGACCUGCGGAUGGGGGAGCUGCACGUGGACUUCGUCAGCAGUCCCAUCACGUGCGUGUGCUUCAGUCAGGACGGUCAGUGCACCCUGAGCUCCAGUCUGGAUUCAACCGUCCGGCUGCUGGACAAGAGCACCGGGGAGAUGCUGGGGGAGUUCACGGGACACAAGAUGAAGGGCUACAAGCUGGACUGCUGCCUGUCGGCCAAAGACACCCACGUCCUGAGCUGCUCGGAGGACGGGCACGUCUACUGCUGGGACCUGGUGGAGGGGUCGUUGUCCCUGAAGCUGCCGGUGGGGAAAGCCGUCGUCCAGUCGCUGUCCUUCCACCCGACGGAGACCUGCCUCCUCACGGCCAUGGAGGGGCGUGUCCAGGUGUGGGGGGUGGAGCCAGAGGAGACGGAGGAGGACGCGAUGGCCACGUAGAGAUGUGUGUGUGUGUGUGUGUGUGUGUGGGGGGCGCUACAUUUGAGAGCCGUCAUGUUGCCGUCUGUGAACAUUUAAAACCUCACAUCUCUGAUUUUUGUAACGUAUAUUUUUUUUAGUGAAUAAACUUCUUGUGUAAAUGUCGCCCUCUUCGCUCUAAUAAUCGA